AUGUUUUGUGGCGAUCGUAAUGUACUUGAUUUUCAAGAACGAGUAGAGGAACUUGUUGUUAGCUAUGGUUACAGCAAGGACCGAUUACUCCAAUGCGUACCUCUCUUACUAAAAGAUAAACUAUUACUUUGGUAUCGGAAUAAUAAACGAGACUGGGCAAACUGGGACGAGUUCGCACUUGAUUUAAAAAAAUUUUAUCUUCCCUCUGGGGCCGAGAUUGAAUUAGAAGAACAAAUACAAAACCGAGUACAAGGAUCCAAUGAACUAGCCAAAGAAUAUAUUACAAAUUUGCAAACAUUGAUACGACGUUUUGACAAAAUGAGUACGGAUGCUCAACUAACUAGACUUUAUCAUAACUUACGACCAGAAUAUAAAAGAUACAUUAAGAAAAAUGAAUUCACUAAGGUAGCCGAAUUAACUAAACUCACGGGAGAUUAUGAACAAAUGAUUGCACAAGAAAAAUCGAAACCACCAAAUAUGAAACCCGCAAAAACAAUGAACCCACUAAUAAUUAACGAAUAUAAUGCAAAAACCCAUUGUUGGCGGUGUGGUCAACAGGGUCAUCACCGAAAUCAAUGCGAAAACAAGCUAGUAAUAUUUUGCUCGCGAUGUGGUACUCUGGGAAAAUCUUAA